AUGGAUCCACGCACGACGAGGGCUCUCGCUUACCUGGCUGUGCUUCUCGUCACGCUCGCCUCGGGCACAAACUACGCAUACAGCGCAUACGCUCCACAACUCGCCGACCGUCUACGUCUGACGGCAACACAGUCAAACAUUAUAGGCGCUUUUGGAAACUAUGGUGUCUACUUUGGUGGUCCCUUUGUGGGUAUGCUGGUCGACGCACGAGGUCCACGGCUACCGUUGCUGCUUGCAGCAGGCGUGUUGUUUUCCGGUUACUACGGCCUGUAUCGAGCAUACACAUACAACUAUGAGACGUCGGUGACAACUUUGGCCUUGUGUAUGCUUCUGACAGGCGUAGGGAGCUCGGCUGGCAGUGCUGCGGCAAUAAACUCGGUCGUCAAGAAUUUCCCCACGACGAGAGGUACAGCCACAUCAAUCGCGAUUUCCCUGUUUGGGUUGUCAGCGUUCGCCUUCUCAGCAGCCGCCGCCUUCUUGGGAGACACUUCGGCGUUUCUUCUCCUCCUCAGCACGGCCACCGGCGUGUCUUGUCUCAUCGGGGCUUACUUUGUAGUCAUCGUCCCUCCGAUGGCCAUCGAUUACCUGACUGUAUCUGAAAGUCGACCUUCGCUGCAUGAUCGACGACGACCAAUCUUACGGCAAGAACCAGGUAAGCAUACACGCACUUACAGUGGAUCAUUGGAUGAGGAUCCUGCUGAGAAUAUAGAGGAUGCUGAGGAUUCAAAAUCUCAAAUAGAUAUGGGCGGAGUCUCUUUGUUGAAGAGUACAGAGUUUUGGCUGUUUUUCACCGUGGUCUGCUUUCUGUCAGGAGCAGGGCUCAUGCUCAUCAACAAUGUCGGACACUGCGUUCAGUCGCUGUGGUCCGUCAACCACCCCAACGCAUCCCCCGGUCAUGUUCGUCAAAUGCAAGCGUCGCAUGUGGGCACCAUCUCCAUCUUCAACUGCCUUGGCCGUAUUAGUGCUGGUGUAACCUCCGAUGUUGCCCGUCGGAAAUGGGGUUUGCAGCGUUGCUGGUUUCUCUGUAUUGCCGCAGGACUAUUUGUGGUGGCCCAGUUCGCUGCUUCAAUCAUCACACACGCACAGAACCUCUAUGUUGUCAGCUCCAUGACCGGGUUUGCGUACGGCAUGAUGUUUGGCACUGCACCGGUUCUUCUCGCCGAAUGGUUCGGCGUAGCCCGCUUUUCACAGAACUGGGGCUGGUUAUGUGUAGGCCCUGGCAUUGCCGGCAGCAUUUUCAACCUGCUGUAUGGACGUACCUACGAUUCUCACGUUUCUGGUGAUCAGGAAUGUCGUCUAGGUCUUGAGUGUUACCAGGCGGCUUUCCAAGUGACGGGAACAGCAUGUUGCGCAGCGCUGGCGCUUGCGAUUGCUUUGGGUAUUCGUGUGAGGAACCGUAACUAG